GUGCAUGCUGGGCGUAUGCGGUGGUGGCGAGUGUGGAGGCAGCAUAUGGCAUUGCAACGAAUCAGAUCGCUCCUCAGCUGUCAGUGGAGCCACUCUUUGCAGCCAUGGGGCUCACCGAUACAAAGUGCACUGCUGGAGGCUCCCCCACUGCGGCUUUUGAGAAGCUUGUGACUCUUGAUGGCAGCAGUGGACUCAGAGGAGGCAGUAACCAGGCAACACCAUAUCCGGUGCAUGCAUUUGAGCGGGCGUACUUCAAAGGGUAUGAGGGUCUCAUGCUGGCAGUGCGGCGGCCAGCAGUGGUGGUUCACAUCGAGGCCUUAGCUGACACGUUCAUCAUCUAUGAUAGGACAUUCAAGUACCAAGAUCCUGCUUGCUACACUGGCAGUCUGAACCAUGUUGUACUCGUCAUUGGCUACUUCAUUAAUAGAGAUGACGGCAGCCAGGGACGCAUUGCUCCUCCGUUUUGGAUCAUCCGCAACUCGUGGGGAGUUGAUUGGGGCGACCGUGGCCACAUGCGCUAUGGGCAUUAUGGGAGGGGAUGGCGUGUGCGGCAUCAACGUAUUGCCUGGCAUCUACCCCUGUUGUCAAGAGUGAGGCACCUACCCCAUUGCCUGGUCUAA